AAAGGAAGACAAGGAGAACGCACUAGGCUUUAUGUCAGGGGUAAUGUUCUUGGAUACAAGAGGUCCAAGUCAAAUCAAUACCCAAACACCUCUCUUGUCCAGAUAGAGGGAGUAAACACCAAGGAAGAGGUUGCUUGGUAUGCUGGGAAGCGUGUGGCGUACGUUUACAAGGCCAAGGUAAAGAAGGACGAUAGCCACUAUCGAUGCAUUUGGGGAAAGGUUACUAGGCCUCAUGGUAACAGUGGAAUACUCCGUCCAAAGUUCACAUCAAAUCUGCCACCAAAAGCAAUGGGAGCCAGGGUUAGAGUAUUUAUGUAUCCAAGAUGUUUUGAACCCGUGACUAGAAGGCAGAUACAUUAUGGAAGUUAAUUUUUUGAUCUUUUUGUAACUCUGAAUAGAAUAGUUUUCUUUUUUAAGACAAUGAGUGAACAUCUUUUUAUCUAUCCAUCAUUUUGGUUUGAAUCUUAAUCUCAAAUGGAUUUUUCCCUUAAAAAUGAUUUACAUUGGGUUC